AUGAGUUACAAAACCAACUAUGAACUCUACUCUCGAGGAAGCAUCGACAGCAGACGGUCACCGCCCCCGCCAGAUGAGCUUCUCUCACCAUUAGCAACACUGUACCCGCAUGUCGCGGCCUUGCAGCCACAGUACAAUCCCAGCAACUGCACCUUCACCGGUUACCGCGACACGGGAUAUUGGGCUGCGGCCUAUACGACACAGCCUAUUGAUGAUUCCUCGUCUAUGCGUCGCAUCAAUGACUACGCCGACUCCUCAGCCGAGACGACUUAA